AUGAAGUUUGAACCAGCUAUUCUUAUUCCUGCCUUGCUUGUCUGCAACGUAGCUGGUGUUACUGCCAGUAGCAAGCUCUUCUCAGGUGCUACUAUUAUUGUCUGGGAUGAAUCUGAGCCCGAGCCUCGGGUCCUUCGCGAUGGCUAUUUAUUAGUCGAGGACGACCGGAUCGCAAAAGUCACUACUUCCAAGCCAUCUCGCCUGCCCAGAAAUACCGAGGUCAUCGAUACCACCGGCCAGAUCAUAAGUCCCGGCUUCAUUGAUACGCAUCGCCAUGGUUGGCAGACAGCCUUCAAGACACUUGGAUCCAAUACUACUCUGGCUCAAUACUUUGGGCGAUACGGAGAAUUUGCAGCUGCACCCCAUUUCAAUGCCGAAGACGUUUACUGGGGACAGCUCGCAGGUCUCCUAGAGGCCCUGAAUGCCGGGGUGACAACUUCGCUGGACCAUGCUCAUCACACUUGGUCGAAUGAAACAGCUUAUGCGGGUCUCAAUGCCUCGGUUGAGAGCGGAGCUCGUGUAUUUUGGGCAUAUACUUUCCAUGACGUUCCGACCCUGAACUACACGGUCAAUGAUCAGAUUCCUAACUUUAUUGAAAUAGCUGAGAGUGGCCUUCUCCAACAUAGCAAUGUUCAAUUAGGAAUAGCAUAUGAUUCCUUCGGCCCGAACCCUCCAGAUGUUGCAAACGAAGUUGCAAACCUCGCACGAGAAUUCAAUGUCUCGGUUGUGACAACCCAUUCUCUUGCUGGUCCCUUUGGAGUCUCUAACCUCCCCGAGGACGUUCACUCUUUUGACCUACUCAACACAUCGAUACCAGUUGUCUUUUCUCACGGCAGCUUCCUCACAGCCACUGGCGCCAACCUUCUUCGCCAAACCAACCAAUAUCUCUCUAUCACUCCGGAAUCGGAGAUGCACUACGGACAUACGCAUCCACACUCUUACUACAUCCAGGAUCAGGCUGCUCUCGGCGUCGACACCCACUUUACCUAUUCAACCGACAUUUUGACACAAGCCCGAAUCUGGUUGCAGAGUGUCCGUUAUUUCUUCUUUGAUAAGGUACUCUCCGGAUGGGAGGUGCCCAAGAACAACCCAAUGAGUGUUGUUCAGGCCUUUUCGCUUGCAACUCGAGCCGGAGGUCUUGCACUUCGCCAUCCAGAACUUGGGGUCAUCCGCGAAGGAGCAAAGGCAGAUCUGAUUGUGUGGAAUGCGGCCGAGUCGCCCUCACUUCUGGGAUGGACUGACCCCAUCGCUGCAAUUAUGCUGCACGCCAGCGUUGGCGAUAUCUUGCAUGUCAUGGUUAAUGGAGACUUUGUGAAACGGGACGGAAAGCUAGCCAUUGCUAAUUAUCCGACGAUUAGACAGAGGUUUCUUAACAGUGCCAGGCGGAUAAAGAGUAUCUACAGAGACUUUUAUUACCCAACCCUUGAUGGUGAGUUCAAUGGAGGGGGGUUUUACUAUGGGGAGGCAAGAGUUGCAGAUACCGAGAGAGGCGAGAGUAAUGGGUAUGGAGAGCUACAUCUGUUGAAAAGUUAG